UUUAUGUAUUCCCGCUACCGAAUGUGUUAAUAUGAGAUGCGAGGAGUGGAAACGUAGCAUUAGUUGCCUGUACUUCCUAUUCCUAUAAGACUGCGCGAGGUUCUGUGGUUCGAUUAUGAUUACAGUUAGUCGGCGGACUUCGUGAGGUUGCUAUCGGAGUUUUUAAAUUUUCAUUGUCAUUAAGUGAAUUUCCAAUUGCCGAUUACGAUACUUAUAUACAUUGAUAGGAACGAACAUGUCGUCCGAAAAGGGAUUGCCCAAUUUCUACGAAAAUAAGAACAUUUUUAUAACUGGGGGAAGUGGAUUUUUGGGUGUUUGUCUGCUAGAAAAAAUUUUACGAACCAUCCCAAACCAUGGCGACAUUUACCUAUUGAUGAGACCAAAAAGAGGUAAACAGAUUCAAGAGAGGUUGGAAACUAUCAAGACUAACAGUGUAUUUGAGGAGUUGUUAAAGGAGAAGAGCGUGGAAGAGGUAUUUCGAAAAGUGAAAGUGAUCGCUGGGGAUGUUGGAGUAGAAAAUUUGGGACUCUCAACCGAAGAUAGGGCCUUCUUAAUUAAGAAUAUAAAUGUCAUCUUUCAUUCAGCAGCCACCUUGGAUUUUGCAGAAAGUCUUAGAGAAACAGUCAAUAUCAAUCUAUUGGGAACGAGGAGGACAACCGAAUUGGCUAAAGAAUGUGACAAAUUGGACGUUUUGGUGCAUGUGAGCAGCGCCUAUGCCAAUUCCUUCAAACUAGAAUUAAAUGAGGAAUUAUAUCCUCUUUCUAUGGACGCAGAUGAACUUAUAGCUACUGUUAAGAAAUUAUGUUUUGAAGAGUUAGAAAAACAAACACCUGAAAUUUUAGGAGACCACCCAAACACUUACACAUUCACUAAACAUAUGGCAGAACACGAGAUAAACAAAGUAGCAGCUUCGAUACCAUGUGCUAUUGUGCGACCUAGUAUGAUUAUUGGUGCUUUGAAAGAGCCUGCACCUGGAUGGACCAUAAGCAAAAAUGGACCCCAAGGUUUCAUUAUGGGUGCUGGAAAGGGGGUCAUCAGAAGAUUACCUGUUAGGAAAGAACUGACGUAUGAUUAUAUUCCUGUUGAUAUAGUGGUUAAUACCCUACUUGCCGCUGGUUUUCAUGCCGGUAUCACCAAAACCAACACUGUUGAAAUCUAUCACGCUACCUCGAGUACCAGAAAUCCGUUCUGUUGGGCCAUGGUGGAAGAUGAAAUCAAUGAGGCUCUCCAUGAAUAUCCCCUUUUGUCUGCUGUUUGGUAUCCGAACCUUAAGUUUGUUCCAUUUAUCUGGCUGUUCAGGAUAUCUGCUUUGUUUGUCCACUUCAUUCCAGGCAUUAUAUUCGAUCAGAUUUUGAGGUUGACUGGAGGAAAACCAAUUUUAUUACGCCUUCACCUCAACGUCAACUCUUCUUUGGAUCGGUUGAGCAAAUUCAUCUUCACAGAAUGGCUAUUCCACUCGAAGAAAACGGAAGAACUCCAAAAGUGGAUGUCGUUGAAAGAUCAAGAAGUUUAUGAUGUUACUUUAAAUAGCCUUGUAUGGACUGAUAUUUUCAAGAUGAUGAUUAUAGGAACUAGAAUUUAUCUAAAUAAGGAACCUCUGAAGAAUUUAGAGGCUGCCAGGAAGAAGAAUCAAAUGCUGAAGACCUUACAUUAUGGAGGACAGAUUGUGGGUUACAUUAUUAUCUGGAUAGCGUUUUCAUAUAUUUUCAAUAUUUCUCUUUUGCUUGGCGCUGCUAUUAUUCCAUUGACAUUCAUUGGCCAAAGUUAUAUUUAGAUGUUGUUAGGUAUCAUGAAUCUCUUCAAGUUGUUUAUAUUCUAAGUUACUUUCAUAUAAAAUUUAUGGGUUGUUGUAUCAGAAGAAUAUUUCAGUAUGAUUGUAUAAUCAUAAUCAAUAUGGAUUGAAUGUGGAAAUAUGACAAUAAAUAUGAAGUGAAAUUAUUAUAAAACAUGAAACUGA